AUGAUCAGAUAUCCAACACUAAAUAUACUUAAGUUUUUCGUGAUCAUCACUAUAAUAAGAGAAACUUUCGUGUGUAAUUAUAAGACCCCAUGGGAACGGGAUGCAAAGCCAAGUCCACAUUUGCAAGAAGAUAUUUGUAACUUGUGGCCAGGGGGAUGGGAUGCAAAGCCAAUGGUUGAGUGGACAUGGGAACGCACAUUACCAAGUCAAGUCAAUACCUACAAGUCAGUUGGACCACGCGUUGGAAGGCAAAUCACCAUAUCAAGUCUCAGUCACAAGUCUUCGAUCUCAUCCAUUAAUUUCACCAAUAUUCAUUGA